AUUCUCGCCUACUUGGUUUUGCUUGCAUGUCUUUUUCGUGUCCUCAUUGACUCAUUUCGCCAAAAAACCAAAACAAACGUCUCUUACUUUUGUCUCUGCAACAGCAAGACUGCGACUUCUUUCUCUUCUCUGAAUCACUCUUGUUCUAUUCAUCGAUCGAUUGGUUCGGUCAGGAGAAGAAGAAGAAUCAAGACGGCAUGGGGAGGAGGAGGAACUCGCCUGUAAACGUAUUGUUCGGAUGGGUUCGGAGACAGUCCAUGAAAGUGAAGAUUUUCCUGGUUGUGGCCUCUAUGAUCUGUUCUUUGGUUGCUCUGCAACUCUUUGUUAAAGAUCACAACCACUUCUUCGUCGCCUCGGAAGCAAUUCACGCGGUAGGAAUUAUAGUCUUGAUAUACAAGCUCACCACCCAGAAGACUUGUUCUGGUCUUUCUUUGAAGACUCAAGAGAUCACUGCUAUAUUCCUAGCUGUGAGACUCUAUUGCAGUUUUGUCAUGGAGGGUGACAUUCGUACUGUGCUUGAUUUUGCAACAUGUGUUUCAACUCUUUGGGUUAUUUACAUGAUACGGUUCAAAUUGACGUCGAGCUAUAUCAAGGAACUUGACAAUAUGCCAAUAUAUUAUUUGGUGAUUCCUUCUGCAAUCUUUGCACUAAUUGUCAAACCUUAUACACAUCAUCUACUUAUCAACAGAAUGCUUUGGGCCUUUUGUGUGUAUUUGGAAUCCGUAUCAGUCCUGCCUCAACUUCGUCUGAUGCAGAAUGCGAAGAUGGUUGAGCCGUUUACUGCUCAUUACGUUUUUGCAUUGGGUGUUGCAAGAUUUUUGGGCUGUGCUCAUUGGAUCCUCCGGGUCAUUGAAACCCGUGGGUCCUAUAUAUUCCUCCAUGGAACUGGGUACUUGUGGCUACCAGUAGUUUUUCUUUCAGAAAUUAUUCAGACCUUUAUUUUGGCCGACUUCUGUUACUAUUAUAUCAAGAGUGUUGUGGAAGGUCAACUUGUAAUGAGGAUGCCAUCGUUUGUCUAAAUGGUCGUCAGCAACUUAAUUGGCCAACUUGUGAUGCGACUAAUGUUUAUUUGAUAUUCACUGCAGUCUAAUCUGAACAACACUUACCARGAGUAGCUUCCUUUUACUACCGUUUCUCCUCGGAACUUUUUUUUGUUCUGCCACCCUUGAAUUUAAAUGGAAGUUUUACAAUUUUCUCUAUCCAUAUUGAACUUAGUUUUUGAACAGUUUUCAGAAGUCCAAGCGAUCUACUAGAUUAA